CGUGAAGCCGUAGCCUCCUCCGCGUGAGUCUUUCCUUCUCAGCACCACAGCCUCUUCCGUUUCUCUCCUCUCGUCGUAUUCUUCUAACACGCCCACGAUGGCAGCCGCUCGCCGGGACCUCCGUCGCCGGUCUGGCCUCGUGCUCGCCGGAGUCCUGCACUUCAGACGUCAAGAUUCCACGGCCAGUCCUGCCGUUUCUUGGCCGGAUCUCACCUGUUAGGCAUCAUCCCGAUGCAUGGUGCUGUCUCUUCGCCGGACGGGGCACGCCGGCGGGUCUUGCGGCAGUGGCUGGCGCCUCCCAGCGGCGGCCAGCCGUUCCUGCGGCAAGACAAGAUGAGGCUGACCAGACGGGGCGGCGUGCACCCAGCAGGAACAGAGCCGUGCAGCUCGCGGCGUCGGCGGUGCCGAUCCGAGGUGUCCUGCCGGCGUGCGCCCAGCGGGAACUGACGGAUCUGGUUGCAGCUCGCGGCGUCGGCGGUGCAGAUCCGGCGUGCAACAGGCGGAGCUCGCGGAGUCGGCGGUGCAGAUCCGACGUGGCCGGCGGGAGGCGCUGCCGGCCGGGUCGGUCCGGGGUCCGAGAUCUCGGCUUGGCGAGCCGUUUCUCUCGGCCCGCGCCAGACUAGGCGCGACGCGAGAUCCAUCCCGGGUUCGACCGGACGGCGAUUCGGGUUCGGCGCCUAUCGAGACGCAGCAGCCCGGAACUCGGGUCCGACCGAUCCGGUCGGUCGGCUGCACCGGCCGGCGAUUCGGGUUCGGCGCCUAUCGAGACGCAGCAGCCCGGGACUCGGGUCCGACCGAUCCGGUCGGUCGGCUGCACCGGCCGGCCGGGUCGGGUCUUUGCCCGGAGGCCGCGGGAUGGGCUGGAUCAGCGCCGUCCGCUCGCCAGAUCCGACGGCGCGUAUGCGUCCCCUGCUAGGUUUCCAGCCCGCGGGGUGGACCCCGUCGAGUCCUUCCCCGGAGGCCGCGGGAUCGGCUGGAUCAGCGCCGUCCGCUCCCAGAUCCGACGGCGCGUACACGUCAAGUUCUAGGGUUAGCACCUAUAAGUGCGCUCAUCACUCCCACUCUCUGGGCGCCUUUGUUUCCGCCUCCGCCUCCGCCGCCGCCGCCGCCGCCCACUUGUCCCCCACGAGAGCUCCCUCCCCACACCGCGCCGCUGCUCGCCGGCAUGGCCUCGGCAGAGGGAAGCGAGGUGUCCGAGCUCAUCGCCGGGAACAGGAAGGACGCCGCCGUCAAGGGGAACUCGUCCUCGGGGAUGGCGUGCGAGCUCCUUCAGAGGGCCGACACGAAGCCCCUUGACGAGCGCCGCUGCGUCAAGCACGCGCUCGAGCUCAGGGAGGCCGCCACCACUGCGGGUUUCCUUCCCUUCAUGUGCCAGGGACCUGAGAUGCCCUUGGUUCAUACCCUGGACAUGAACGUGUUUACCAAGUUGAAGGAGAAGGAUGCCACCGCCACCAAAGGCUACCCUGCUGCUGUGGUCCAGGGACCGGAGGUGCCCCUGGUCCAUACCCUGGAGCUGAAGCAGGCUAACUACCUUGCCGCCAUGCGUCAGGGACUGCAGGUGCACCGUACCCUGGAGCUUAACACACUGAAGCCCGCUGAGUACCUUUCCUUCAUGCGCCAGGGACCAGAGCCACUGACGCUCAUCCCUUGUGCCCUUGUACGCACGAUCCCUCGCUGUCUUCCCCAGUCAAUCCCUAAGCAUGUGCCUGCGCCGGGAAACCUGGGCAUUAAGGAUGUGGAGAAGACUGCGCUUGAGAUUCAAGACAAACUCAAGCGGAAAGGACCCGGGUACUCUUUGCGCUCCAUCAGGGCAACGGUUGAAAUCUUCAAGGAGAACCAAGAGACAGUUGUUGUUCGCAGUCAAUCUUUGGCUGAGAAGUUCAAGGCAUGGGCAGAUGACACCUCCAGGGGGUUUACCUUCUAUUCGAUCGGGGAAAAGGUACUUCAGCUUUGGGACAAGUACUUCCCGAAGCAGUAAUUACAGUCUAAGAUAUGACGCAGGACCUUGUGUCAGAAUAUGAUUUGAGGUUAUUUGUCUAGCUAUGUUAUUUUGUCUGUACGGUUUGCUUUGUUUUAGCUGAGUAUUGAUUAUUUUGAGAAUUACUCCCUUUGGGAUCAAGUCAUAUUAGCCUUGACUGUAUGCUGCUUGAGAACUGCCAGAUGAUUGGAAGUAGAAUUUUUGUAGUUUGAUCUGGAUUGGCAAAUGUGACCGUUUCAUUUUCUGAA